AUGAUGGAAAGAGUUGUACUGCUACUUGCUUCUACAACAGAUUGCAUCGUCCUCCCUCCCCACUUCGCUCCACGUUUCCACUCUGGGCACAUCUCAAACAUUCGUUGUAUCGCCCUGUGUCAUCAGACAGGCCUACAUCACCUGCAAACUCAAUAUCUUGUGUCUGGUGGUGGCCGUGGGAUGCUGGUUGUCUGGCGUCUGGACGAGACUGAUCAACCAGGUCUCGUUGGGUGGGUUCGCCUAGACACAGGUCUUCGUGACUCUGGUCCUCUUGUCUCCUGUCCCUUUCAACAGAGACGCAACGAUACCCUUGAAGUCUGCGAUCUGAGGAUUAUGGCUGUUCUGGCAUUUCAAUCGAGUGAGGAGGACACCAUCAGUGUCGUUGCCGCUUGCUCUGAUGGCAGUAUUAGGUGA